AUGAUUACAGAACUCCGUGGAGACCUGGCUUGGCGCAAGGCCGUUUGGCAAUUUGAGGAGCGGGGCUGGCAAUCAGCCGAUGUUUGCUUUUUUUGCCAAGCUCAGUCCAAAGGGCACGUUUGUCCGUAUACGAUGCUAGGGCCCGAAGCAGAUUGGGCACAAACCGAAUUCAAAGACCCUUGGCUUUGGGCUGGUGAAGUACUGCCAAACAGGCUUUGCCCUUGGUUGGGUCUGCCAGGGUUUUCGAUAGACACUGUCCGCAUGUGCACCAUGCACAACGUCAACCUUGGAUUGAUGCAAACGGCGAAUGGUAGCAGUUUGAUCAAUUUGAUUCAGAAUGGGCUGUACGGCGAUCCCACAGAUCCAAUGGAUCAGAACCUCAAGAGACUCUUUGCAGACUUUGAUGCCUGGUCCAAAGAGAACAAAGCAUACACUGGGCGUGUACUUUGCGCUUACUCUGCGGAAGUGUCCAAACUCGCGGCGGAGAAGCGAUUGGAUGUUGUAGGGCCACGGCGAAUUUUUGGCAAAUGGCUCAAAGACCAGGUUCAGAACGGCGGAUUGCAAAGCUAUUUGAAUGAUCCGAAGCUUCCGUUGCAGUCUGCUUGCAUGCCCGAUGUCCACAAGUACGCUCAGCAGACGGCCUCCUUCAAUGAACUCUGGAUCAUCGAUGUGGAUGCGCCAAUGAAGGAGUGCAAACUCAAGCUGGAACUCAUGGACUGGGACUCUGAUCUCAUCUAUGCUUCCAAGACCUUGGCCUUGGAGCCGCUGGUGACCGCGGCCUACUGGGCCAAGGUCUUGAAACGCCCCGAGCCCGGCGAGGUGGACCACCAGGUGGUCUUCGAUUGCUUUCCUCCAGACCAUCCAGGCUUGGACGCCUCCGAGCUCCGAGCACUUCAUGGAGCCCAAGGGACGGGUGGACUUGAAGGAGCUCAUGGUGAGGCCGGUGAUGGCGUGGUCGCCACGCCGCGGCGCUUUGGUCGCGCAUGCCGGCGCGAGCAGUUCGCGGCGCGAGCCGGCGAACUGACGCUGAACAUGGGCUGCGCGGCGCUUUUGUUGGACGGUGACAACGGUGCCAGGAAUGGUGGAAGCAGUGGAGGCUUGGUGAAAGAGCCGAGUGGACACUACGUGGGAGGGGCCCAAGUUGAAAAAGGUUUGGGCGGAUAUGGAGCACAAGUGCUGGGAGACGUGGGGGUCUCCCAGAUCUGGGUUAGCCAAUGUAAAGUGCUCAUCAAGGAGGACACUCGUCGAGAAGUCCGGAGUGUGCAGCUGGGAGGCACCGGUGGACGGAACACGCUCUGGGAGACCGGUCCUUUGGUGGUCAGCUCUGCGGCGACGCGGCGUCUGGAUGCUUUGCCCUUGCGAAAAGAGAGAGGAGGAGCUUGGCCCAGACGAGAGGCCCCUGGCGGCAUCUCGGCUGAACGAACGGCGUGGGUCGCCGCUGCAGGUGAUGCCAGUCGUAUCGAGUGUGGCAAACGAGGCCAGGGCCCGGAGAUUCCACCAUCUCGAGAUGCACAGGCAGAGCGUGUGGGCCCGGAGUUGAUCCUGUCGGGCAUGGAUCUGGAUCCGAGGGCGUUCGAGUCGGUUGAUUCGAUCGAUCGAUUUCAGAUUGUGAUCCGCGUCUUUGGUCACACGGUGACCGGGCAAAGCGCGUGUGUGCACGUCCACGGCGUGUUUCCCUUCUUCUACAUCCAGGUGCCCCCGCAUCUGGUGGACACAGAUGCGCGUCCAGAGGCCUUUCUGCACGACCUGGCCGAAGCCUUGGAGAAGGCCAUGUGCAUGCACCAGAGCGCGUUUGGUGCCCGGGAGCCGGGCGCGUAUCUCUACGACCUCCGCUGGGUCACGCUUCCGUGGCGUUCCAUCUACGGCCACCACGACGUGGACGUCACCGGAUCCACGUCCACCGCGUCCGCCCCAUUCGUUCAGCUCUGGGCGGUGUUGCCGCAGCAGUGUAACACCUUGGCGCAUCUCUUGCAGCAGGGUGCAGUGCUCAACACCUCAUUUCAGCCCUUUGAGGUGCACCUGCCUUAUCUCCUGCACUUCAUGGACACCUUUGGCCUGGGCGGCAUGCGUGAGCUCCUCGUGGCCGCGGAGCACAUAGCGCUGCGGAAAGCUGCACCGCUGGGUGGACACCAGCGCGGGCCCACGCGGGACAGUUCGGGGUGCUUCCCAUACCACAGGAAGUGGGCGCAGGAGAUCCCAGGCAAUCCCCAGGAACAUCUUUUGGACCGUGCCGGGCCCAAGCGGCCUUGGUGGUGUGGAACCGCUGCGCCCGUGAAGGAUCAAAGGCCGCCCUCUGUGUAUCCAAAGGCCACGCGCUGCGAGUUGGAGAUCGACUGCCGCGCCAUGGACUUGUUGCCGCCCGUCUCAGCGACGGAGAGCCAAACGCCCAGCGCCGGCGCGACGCCCGGCAGGGGCGUCUCGGUACAGGAGAGGACCCGCGGCUGGAUUUGCGACACUUUGCGGGAGCUUUGGCGUGAUGAAGAGCGUCGUUGUACAGCCUUGGGUUUGCCAUACCCUUGGAGUUCUGGAGCUGCGGAGCCUGGAGCACCUGGCGAUCGUGAAGGCCUCACGCCCGACAUGGUGGAAGAGUGCAUGUUGCAACAGCUGCACGCAGCGCAUACGGCGCAUGCUGCAUCCCGCAGUGCCACGGCGAAGCCGGAGCCCACGGCGUGGCUCCUCGGCUUGGCAGAUGAAGAGGCGGCAGACUUUGGAAAGCUGGACAAGCUGGAUUCCAUGUUGGAUAAGAAGUGGGAGAAGGUGAAGCCCCGGUGCACGAGCCUUAAGAUGACUGGCAUCAAAGCAGGGUAUGGCGUCAGCAAGAAGAAGGAGUUGGAGGACACAGUGGUGUGUGAUGAUGGUGGACAGCCAGAUGACAAGUCUGACAAGUCUGAUUGA